CCCUAAAUCUCCAAAGCACAGGUUUUUUCUCCUCGCAAGGGAGGGAUAGAGACAACGGCCGAAGCAGAACCACAUUUCGACAGGUUUCUUGAAGAAGAAGAACCGCGUGAAAGAUGGCGUACGCAGCGAUGAAGCCCACAAAGGCAGGUUUGGAGGAACCCUUAGAGCAAAUUCACAAGAUCAGGAUCACUCUUUCCUCGAAGGAUGUUAAAAACCUAGAGAAAGUGUGUGGUGACUUGGUUCGUGGAGCAAAGGACAAGAGACUCCGAGUCAAGGGACCAGUGAGAAUGCCAACCAAGGUUCUUAACAUCACUACCAGAAAGUCACCUUGUGGUGAAGGUACCAACACAUGGGACAGAUUUGAACUGAGGGUUCACAAGCGGGUGAUCGACCUUUUCAGCUCGCCCGACGUGGUCAAGCAGAUCACCUCCAUCACCAUUGAACCGGGUGUCGAGGUUGAGGUUACCAUUGCCGACUCUUAAAACAAAAGUCUCUUUGUGUCAAGCUUGAACUCAUGUUUGUAUCAAGAAACAAUCUUUUUCGCCCUCUGUUCUAUCCCAUGAUUCCCCUAUCUUGUCUCCGUAUCAAGUUUAUCUCGUAAUGUUUGGUUGUAAGACUUGUACCCCAACCUUAGUUGUUGUUUUCAACAGUUGAAUCGAAUGUUUGUUUGCUC